AUGGAGCGAGAUCUGAAAAUGAAAAGAAACAGUCGCGAUAAGUCGAAAAGAAAAUACAUACUUACCAGCAAUGAAGAAGAAAGCUCGGAAGAAUUAGCAAUAGUGAGAGAAAUAAGAAAUAGCGGAUGGAUACAACGGAAAGUGAAAGAAAAGCCAAUAGAAAGUAAGGAAGCCGAGUCCGCGAGUGAAAGCGGGAGCGAGCGAGAAGAAUUAUGUGAAAGAAGUAAGAGCGGAGUAGCAAAAAGGGCCGCGAGGCGAGAGCGAUUCGAGGAAACGACAAGAAAAGGGCCGCGGGCGCAAAAAACUUAUGCCGCGAGCUCGGAACAUAAUGCCACCGAACUAGCUGAGGAGAGCGGGGACGCGAGAGCGAACGCGUCGAAGGUGACGCGAAAGAUUUCAGUUUGGCGAAGGCAGGCAGAUAGAGCGUAUCGCGGAGCAGAACGUACGAAGGUAGCGAGAAAUACCGGAAGUGCGGGAGUUAGCGAUACACGAACGGCGCGCGAGCGACGUGAAAGUACGAGUGAAACCAAGUGCAAGCAGAAGUUUGUUAGAACCGGAAGAAUGUCGGACGUUCAACGAACGGAGACACUUGAGGAACUGAAGAGUAAUAUCGCGGAACGAAUCGAAAACUUAGUAACCACCCAAAACGCGCACGAGCACAGGCUGAAAAGGCUACAGCUUGCUCAAAUUAAACUGACGCAAUUAGAAGAGAAGCAAAGAAGACAAGAUGAGACGGCCGAACGAAACCGAGAAUCGACCGCGAAGCUGGAAGCGGCGAUUGAAGAUAUCGAUGCAAGGAUAACGGAAGGACAUUGCGUAUCGCGAUUGAGAGAGAACGCUCGCAUAGCGUUGGAGAACGAGACGAUAACGAUAUCAUUCCAAUAUAAAGAUAGCGUGAUAUCGGAGAUAACACCGCAAGUAGGAAAUGAAGAAAACAGGCAGUUGGAAGCGACGGCAGAAAUCAGUGAGGUGGAUACAAUUACAGUGACGAAUCAGGAACAGAUAGCAGAUGCAGACGAACGACGGGAGGAAGAGACCGUGAUAUCUCACAAGAACAAUGAUAGUGAUAGAGACACGGAGAGUGAACGCGAGUCAACGUUGCAAGUAGCAAAAAUUGCAACGGUGACGUUCGAAACAAUUAGUGAUGAUGAACCGGAAGUGAUGUACCAGCAUGUACGGCAAGAGACAGUUACCGAAACGUGCUUGGCGAAAGUAGAGGCAGUAUUACAAGUUGAAAGGACGCUUCGCCCCGAAGCCGCAAUGAGGCCAGGACAACGACCAUGGAGACGACCACGAGCACCGACCCGGAUUGUUCCGUUUGGAAAAUCGCGCCAAUUGCAGCCAAUUAUUGCGAUUUUGGGAGACGCAUGA